AUGGUCGCUGGUGAAGUGGAUGUUCGUGAACGAAUGUGCACUGUUGACUUGAAGUGCCCUCGAAGUCUUAAACACAUUACUGGGAUCGACGUAAAACGUUUUCGACAGUGCGUUAACACGCCAAAAGGGAACGGUGAAGAGGGAACUCAGCUCAGCAGCACGAUUUCAAAAAUCGAAGAGUUCCUCGAAUCCGCUGAAACUCCCCCCGCCGCGGAGGCAAAUGUAAGGACCCGCAAAGCGAUAAAAGAGUUGGAUUUACGGCAAACUGCUGUAGAAAAAGCUAUGAACAACUACACCUCCGCAGCAGACGCAGCAGAUCUCGCGGAGGAACACCAAAACACGACCAUGUCCAAUAUUACAACCGCACAGGACACCAUCAUUAGGGCUCAGAAUCUUUUAAUAACACUAAGCUUAUGCCUUGAAGACCACGAAGAGGGGAAUCCCUGGGAAUGGGACCAGUUUUGGGGAAUUUUCAACGCCACCAUUCACGACAGAAAAAUCAGCAAAAUCGAGAAGUUCACACAUUUACUCGAAGCGUUACAGGGACCUGCGAGAGACACAGUCCAGGACCUACAGACCGCAGAAAACUACGAAAUCGCAGUAGACAUACUGAAACGUCGCUACGUGCUCAAGCGACUAACACACCCUAAGCCAGACUUCGAAAGGGAACCGUGGACUACGCAGGGACUCCUGCAUGCUCUUCAAGACUAUUUCGACAUAGAAGAUAUGAUCCAAUAUGCGAAAGGAUUUUCCGCAGACCCUAACCGAAGAGACAUUAUCAGAGGACAAGUGUCAGAACUCUCUAAUCCCCAAACAACACCACACAGGACUUGUCCAUGCGGACCAUGCAGAAACUGCGGGAAACAAGGUCAUCAUACGUCAAUAUGUCGACAGUUGGAAAAGAAAGAAAGAGGAACGCAGCAAACGCAAUCAGAUUCCAAGCCAAAAACCCAAGAGACAAAGAAGACACAAAGGAAACCCACCACGACUAACGUCGUACCGGUUUUCACACAGCCUCCUUCUUGCAAGCUUGGACAAGACACAGUCCUGCACUCUUCAAUACGUCAGCCAAAACUAGUUAACGCAGGAAAAGUGGAUCUACUCGUAGGACAGGCUAGGAUACGGAAUCAUCGAAAGUCAGAGCUCGAAGAAGUAUACAUGAUCCUAGACACAGGAGCAGAUCGGUUUUUUAUCACAGCAACCUAUGCAGAGCAGCUCGAGUUAGAUGAAACUGGAACCUCACAGUUAAAGAUCCGUACAUUUGGAAGCGAUACUCCAAUCGAGAAAGGCUGUACUACGACAUGUAUCAAAAUUGAGGACAGAAGAGGAAACCGACAUAACAUCACGGUUGCCAUGGUCGACUUCAUUUCAGGAGAACUCCAAAGGACUCCGGUUGACGAAGCAGACCACAACUAUCUUUCACAACACGAUAUCAGCCUAUCAAUUCCCGAUCAUAUCCGAACGGUGGCCCCACAAAUCCUCAUUGGAUGCGGAGACCUCUUUGACCUUUUCGAUGACGAAUUCGCCAGUACUCACGAACUUCCAUCAGGACUCAAAGCUCUCCACUCAAAGAUUGGAUAUCUUUUAACUGGCCAUAAUCGAAACACAACGGAAGAACCCCGUACGCAAGUAAAUAACCUAUGUACAGUUCAGAGCGAGGAUCAACUCGUUCAAGCCAACCACAGCGAAAACGUUUGCAUGGCAGUAAACUCCCCCCAAUCGGAACUCGCCGAAAUAGUUGACCUCACACGACAUUCAUCAAUAAGGAAAGCUAUCUCAUCAUUUGCAUACGCCCUCAGAUGGCUCGAAAGGAUUAUCAAACGAACUAAUCCAGAUCUACAAGCGCGCCUACUAGAAAACAUACCAGAGCUUCGCACUCACCACAUGGACGAUUUCAUUAGCGUGUCUGAUGUUCAUUACGACAGCAGCCUAAUGCUUCUCAUUCGGAAUCACCAAAAAGUUCACGUGUAA